CACCUUGUGUGUGUGUGUGUGUAUCUUAUAAUGUACAGCCAUUUUGGACUCCCUGUCACAACGCAAGAAAAUGAAUAGCUGUACUUAUGGCAGUGCCCAGGCCCAGACUGGCAAUCUGUGGGUUCAGGCAAAUGCUGUAAGGUCCCAUAGACAAUCACUAAUUAGUGGGCUGGUUGAGUACUAUUUGGGCCUCUCUGUGUACUUGGAAUGCCAGGGCCUAUUUUGAUUCCCAGUAGUGCCAGUGUUUUGGCUGCUUAGUCAGUCCGUCCCUUCAGGUUCCUGUGCAGCAGAGCAGGGUGUGAUUCCUAUUAGUGAGUGAGCAGAAAGCAAAAGCAGAGCAGAAGCCCCACAUCCUCCCCCUUCUCCUCCCCCUCCCUGUGAGUCACACACCAGGGCCAGUCAGUCCACACACCGGCUUUUCCUUCCAGCCGAGAGUAGCCGAGGGCUCUGUGAGUCCCUUUUUUUCUUGUUGUGUUUCUGUUACUCAUCGCCAUCUUGUUGCAACCCUUUUCUUGUCUGGAGGAUCCGUGGGGGGGAACCUGGGUUGGAUUUAUUUUUUCCCAUUGCAUUUCAUUGAUUCAGUCAAUUUCCCCCCCCCAACAAUUCCCGGAGGUUGAGGAGAAUCGCGCAGCCAUCCUCUGUUUUUGGAUCUUUUUAUUUUGCUGGACUGGGGGGGAGGGGGGGAAGAUAAAGAAUUAAAGCGAAAGAUUUUAGGGGAGCUGCUGAGAAAUGAGCCUGGAGACACUGUUGCAAGCAGCCCUGUUCCUGGAAUGGCAAGCCCAGCAACAACAGCAGAGAACACGUGAGGAAAAUGAUAAGAUUUUGGUGGAACAAGAGGAAGAAGAGGAGGAGGAAGAAGAUGUAGAGGAAGUUAAAAGUGUAUCAAGAACUGAAGAACUUAUAAAACAGCUCCCUCCUGAUCCUGUAUCCCCCCCAGCUCCUGCACCUCCACCACCACCUCCCCCAUCUGCUCCUGUGACUGUCAUCCCCCUUUCUGUAGUAAGCAGCACUCCUCAGCCAAUAGUUCAGACAUCAGUGUCACCUCCUGUUGUACAGCAUUAUGCACCCAUUGUUAGUCCUCCUGUGCUCAACAAGGAAGUGUCCCUGCCACCUGUCAUUCAGAGGCCACCAAGCACAGUGCUACCUGAAAUCAAAACUACCCCUCUGUGCAUGGGAAGCCCCAAGCCAAUACAUCAUUAUCAAGCUCCCGUAUUGGCCAUUACACAUCAUCACCUUAUGCAACCGCAACAACAACAGCAGCAGCAUAUACAGCCUCAGCCUACAGCUCUACAGCCUUCACCACAGCCUCAUCCUCAACCCCUGGGUGCCCUUAGACUUCCAGUAACAGAUGAUGGAAGGCCCAAUGAGCAGCGGCGGAGGCCUGGAGGAAGAGCACACCUGAAAGAAUGUUUUGAGACACUAAAGAGGAACAUCCCUAAUGUAGAUGAAAAAAAGACAUCCAACCUCAGUGUAUUACGGAGUGCCCUGCGGUAUAUUCAGAGUUUGAAGAGGAAGGAGAAAGAAUAUGAGCACGAAAUGGAGCGCUUAGCAAGGGAGAAGAUUGCCACACAACAGCGGCUAGCAGAUCUGAAGAAUGAGCUCAGUCAGUGGAUGGACAUCAUGGAGAUUGAUCGAAUUGUUCGUCAGACAGUUCAGCCAGAGGACGACCAGGCCUCUACCUCGACAGCCUCAGAAGGUGAAGACAAUAUUGAUGACGACAUGGAUGACGACAGGCCCGUAAACGCAAAACGUCAGCAGCCUGGUCUUCUGAAGAUGGUACCAUCAAGUGCAGCAGUCCACAAUCCCCAUUCCACUGUUUUGCCUCAACAUGUGUCCAUUCAGCAGAAACAAGUCCCUUCAUACCACACACAGCCUCAGAUCUCCAGUCAAGCACUGGUUCCAACACAGGCCAUGGUUCCAGCGCAGACUCAUAUUAUGGCUGCAUCUACGGUGCAGUCGACAGUGAUAGCUCACACGGCCACUACUCAUGCGUCAGUCAUUCAGACUCUAAAUCAUGUCAUACCAGGGCCGCAGACCAAGCACAUUGCUCAUAUUGCACCUUCCACGUCAAGCCCUGUACAGCUAACCACUGCUGCUCAGCCAAUUGGCCACAUCACUGUGCACCCAGCAACCAUUAAUCACAUGACCCAUCUGGGUCAGCAAUUACCCAUUUAUCCUCAAUCAGUUGCAGUAAGUCAACCCAUGAUGAGCCACAUUGCUCACACCAUCUCUCACCCACAAGUUAACGGAACCACAAACCUGGGUCAGCAGGCUGUCAUGACAAAGCCAACUGUGGGGACCCAAGUCAUCCACCACCCCCAGUUAGUUGGGCAAACAGUCCUAAACCCGGUGACUAUGGUAACCAUGCCAUCAUUCCCUGUCAGCACUUUGAAGCUAGCCUAAAUACUCAAAUUAAUAAAGUAAGAAUUAAUUAACAAAGUAAAUUAUCUGACGAGCAACUUCUCCUGAAACUCCAUACAUUCCUACCAAGUCAUGUUCCAAGGAAGAGAAGCGCAGAUUUCUGUAAACAGGGUUUUACACCCACACUGUCAUUGGCUUUUGGAAAAAGACUCAUUCCCUUCUCUUUAACAGACAUUAAAGGGCCCAGUGCGCUGGAAGUUUUAUGGUUCUUCAUUGUCUCCGUGGCAGCCACUCGUGGUGACGUCUCAUUUUUCUCCUUUUUACUUGUAAUCAGUAAAUAUGAACGGGACAUUUAUUUCUUUUACUUAACAUAAACUUUUAAUUUUUUGCUUUUGUUUUUUUUUUUUUUAAAACAUGUUGCUUUGUAGAAUACAAAUUGAUGAUCUCUUAAAGAAGUAAGGCAUGAAGUGGGUAACGUAUGCAUAGUGUUGUUGAACAUCUUCAUAACCGUGACCGCUACAGGGAACAUUUACCAAUAAAAAUAAGCAUUACCACCAUCUUUGUUGUGGUAGCCUAAGCAAACAGUGGAUGUAAGCAUGAUAACACAGAAAAACUGAUUUCUUUGCUGCCACAAAAGUCAAUAAAAUUUGCAAACAAUGUACAGGCUUUUGUGGUAGUAAGUGGAAUGUUGCAGAAAAAAGUGGUCUGUUAUAUGGUUUGGUGGACCAGUGCAUUAUUCCUUUUAUAGAAUGUCUUAUGGAAAGGAUGAACAUAUUGGCUCUGAGAAAGAAAACAAAAACAACUUUUCAACGUUUUUUUCAAAGGGGUAGUCAAACUGUGGCCUUCCAGCUGUUGUUUAAAUGAAACUCCAGCAUUAUUCUUUUGUUCGGUGCUGGGAGUUGUAGCUCAGUAAGAGCUGGAGGGCUAAAGGUUGACUGUCCUUAUUUUACUCUGUGAGUAUUAAUUGCUAGAGCAUUGUUAAGAGGGUUUAGAUGAAAUGCUUUUGCUCUAGUGGGUUGGGCACAACUACUACACGCAUGUUUAUGCCUAGUCUACAUUAUAUAUACAAACACAUAUCCCUUCAUACAGUUCCAGAGGAUACUAGAAGACUCCUUCAGCCUGCUUAUCAUGGGACCUUAUUGUUAUACUUCUCAUCCUCAUGAAGUACUAGAAAAAACAGUUCCUAACAUGUUUCAGCUAUCAGAAUGCAUAGUUUGCAGUAUCACUGAAUUAAGUAACCAGUGGCCAUACUUAUUUACCAUUUAAAUAAAAAUAUAUAUUUUUUAAAAUAAAGUCUAGUGCAUGAUCCUAUUCACACUGACUAUGCUAUCAGAAUGGAGCAGAAACAUCAGUAUUCUAGCUAGUGCUCUCCUCCCUUGCAAUUAUCCUUCUGGUGUAAUGUCAAGUGGCUGUGGUCAAUCCACUCAUUUCUUAAAUUAUAAAAUCCCCACAGUUUACUAUGUUAGAACACUGUGUAUUAAACGGCAAAACAGCUUCAAAAGGUUAUCAAGGGAUGACAUAAGCUAGUGCUUUUUACAUUGGUGGUUACAAAGAUGAUUGCGUCCUUCACCCCAUGUCUCUGUAAAAGGGUCCUUUUAUAAAGGGAUGUAGUGUGGCUUAAGUAUUAUAUUGAUUUAUAGGAAAGCAAUGAGUGUUAAUGUUGAAACCUUGUGGGGAAAUGUAAUAAACUGUGCAAAGUUUAGUCACCUAGAGCAACCAGUCAGCAAGCUGCAUUCAAAAGCAAAAAUCAUAUUGGUUGUUAUGGGCUACCGUACCUGGGCACACUUUAUUAAAUAUGGAUGAUUAUAACUUUUCUCCUGUUCAUCAAAAAUCAUCUUUAUGCAAAUUUGGAUCUAGCACCAAUGCCCAUAGGAUUACAUAGCAAAAGGGAUCUUUGUUUAUUUAGUAACACAGACUAGAUCCUACCUUGCUCCAUCAUAUGUUACCAUUUGUCCAUGUGAAAAGAUAAUUUUGUUAAGGUGGAGUGCACUGUACUGAGAUGAACACAUUGAUAUUCUCUUUGGAACCCCCGGAUUGAAGUCUGGGAAGCCAGCAUAAAAUAUUAACUACAAGCACUAAAAAUUCCUCUUUCAAAGUGGAAUAAUUGUAUCAUGUCAUGCCAUUUUGGGAAAAAUCUUUAUUUAUUGUUUAUUUGAUUUGAUUCCUAAAAAAAAGUUGAUCUUUUUUUUUCCUUUUGAUGCCUGUUAAUUUUUGUUAAUAUGAUUUGUUUUUUUUAAUGCAUUUUUGUUAUGUCCAGCUGAGUUUGCCCUUAGACUUCUUUUUACUGAUUAGAUCUCAUGACUAAAAUUCUAUCUUCAUCCCCUGUACAAAAUAUUGACACAAAGCUAUAAUCCACAUGCUCUUUCGGUGUAAAUUAAAACUCAACGCAUACCAGUAUCUCCAUUAUGAAAUACUGUUUCUUUAUUUAGGAAAAGUCAUAGUAAAAUUUAGAUUCAAUUACUAUGCAAUAUAGACAACUUAUUUGCUGGCUUCUGACAAAAUUUAUUUGUUCUAGUUUAAAGAUUUUGUGUGCUUUAUAGCAUAGAAUUCCACCUUGAUUUUGAUGUAGUCCUAUACCUCUGUGAAGUACAAAAGCCACCAGUGCUUUUAAAUGACAUGUCAUAUUUAUAUGUUUAGGAAUGUACUAUGAUUGGGUUUAAUACCGAAUCCUUCACAAAAUAUAUUACCAAGUGAGGACAACGGACUAAACGGCAUCAUCUGUGAAUGCAAAACUGGUCCCUUCAGUUGUCCAAUAUUUAGUCUGUUUCAAUAGGAAAAAGAAAUAGGGCCUAAAAUCUCCUGAUUUCACACUGGUCAGGUUAGGAAACACCAGAAUAUCAGUCAAUGCCAAAUAGUGGUCAAUCAGUCUGCUCAGACCCUUGAAGAUUAAACCGUAUCAAGUGGAUUAGUGAUUCAUUCAUCUGCAUAAUUCUAUGUUCAUUUAUAAACAUGCUCAGUCUUGAGGGCCUGAGGCCAGUUUACUCAUUUAUGAAUAUGAACCAAGCUGCUGCUUAGAAGGACCAGUAACAUCAAAUUUUUUUCUUUUAAAAUUCGUUGGUAUACAAUGAAAAAAAAACACAAUGACAAAUGAAACUUUGAAGACUUUAUUAAGAAAUAACUUCCGCUUGCGCUCUUCUUCAGAAAGGGCGAUCCAUCGGUUGGCGCUCGAUUUCUCCUCCCUGUCUUCCUUAUAGGAGAUAGCCAGGGAGGAGAAAUUGAGCGCCGCACAAUGGAUCGUUGCCCCGACGCAUUUUCUGAAGAGAAGCGCAAGCAGAGUUUCGGUAAGUUACUUCUUAAUAAAGACUUAGCGAUUUCAAAGUUUCAUUUGUGUGGGUUUUUUUUCUAUUAUAUACUAACGAAUCAAAAAAUUUAUGUUACUGAUCCUUUAAGAUCUCGCUAACUGACUAGACUAGCUUUUUCCUGUAUGAGGUUUUGUUUUUUUGGUUAGUUUUGUUGCGAAUUGUGACCAAGUUGAGUAGUAGAAUCUACAUAAGAGCCCAAGGCUAGGGACACACGAGUUGGAUCUUGGCCUGUGGAGAAACACAGAUCCAGAAUCAACUUGUCUGCUGAUGUGCAUGCACCUGGGAACACUGACACUCGGUUGCAGGUAGAUUUGGGGAAUUUAGCUGCCAAAACAUGAGAUUUUGCAUUUCGCCACCAGAGCGGGGGUAAUGUUUCCGGGUACAGGCAGAAGGGCAGCAGCGGAGGAGUGGAUUUUUGUCCCACGUUUUUCCACAGGCCAAGAUCCGACUUGUCUGGCCCGAGUAUAACUACCACUGUUUGACCCAACUGUUCCCUGCUGUCUUAACAAAUGUUAUACAUAAGCCAAAAGGGGAAGGACACAAACACACAAUUAGUUUCAGUAAAGUCAUCGCAAUUUGCAGCCCAUGACCUUUUCUCCAUGAUGGUUUCCCUGUGUUUGCACUGGGCCAGACAAGUUAUCCGCAGACGCUUUGUUUAUCAGGACACAAGUUGCUGUAUGCAUGAUAGCAGGGGCUUGGCAUUGGUAAUGGCAGCCAGGUUUUUACCCAAACAAUGUUGCAUCUUCCCUCCACAAACUGCGCUUCAGCUAGAAAAUGUCAUUGCUUUGAAACUCUAAUUUGUGUCUUUGCUUUUGGAGUGUCCACCAUUCAUAUAGCUAAUUACCAGAGCUUGCAUCCAUUCGGAAUGAAUCCGUGGGUUAAUGUGUGCAUCCUUUCUGUGUCAACAUUCACUUUACUGGUGUUUAAACUAGUAUCAAAUAAUGCAACCCAUAUUUCAGUUCCACUUGUGUGUUAAUCAUCGAGUCACUUCUUAGCUUCUGAUUUUUUACAUUUAACUCCAAAAAAAAAACCCCCAAAAACAUUAAGUUUAUUUUUUCAUUGAAAAACCAUAACUAGAUAUUAUCCAUUUACAUAUAUGUGUAUAUACAUAUGUAUGUAAAAAUAUAGGCUAUUUAUUUAUAGGUAUAAAUAUAUUUUGUUAAACAUUCCUGUGCAUCAUUGUAACAGAAUACAAUCACUGUGAUUUUGUUCUAAUGAUAUAGAGAAACAUUACUGUCAAUAAAAUGGUGGGCGCCAGGGUAAUCACUGCUAUGAAUUUACCAACAAUUCAGUUUCCACUGUCUGUACAAAAAGCUUAUUGUGCUUACUUUAAAAAAAAAAAAAUAAUGAACACUUUAUUUAUUUAACAAGCUUUCCAUUUA